CUCCCGCGGGGGGGCCAGCCUGUCCCGGGUCGUACCUUUCUUCAGGGAGACGUCACCGGAGAGCGGCCAGGCUCGGGAGGUGUUCAGCCCUGACAGUGAGGACCCUCCCUCCUGGCCCUCAGCUACAGGGACCGGUCUGGUCACGCUGCCCAGCAGUGCUAAUGGCUCUGGGUCCGGGUCUGGUUCUGGAGGAGGAGACAUCCGCAGUCCAUCUCUGUCCAGUGAUGAACAGAGCUCUGAGGCGAGCCUGGUCACAGAGACCAGCAGCAGCGGGGGAGGAGGGACGCCUCUUCAUCCAGACACACCUGACAACCUGACCCUCGCCAUGCUGGACAGCGUGGCAGGAAAACAUUACACCCACUGCACAGAAACCGUGCUGGAUGACUUCAUGUUGACGCAUCCCAUCUUCCUGACGGCCGACAGGUUCCAGCAAGUUCUGCUUCAGCAAUUCUCUCUGAAGACGGAGGGGAAGGAGGCGGAGGGGGAGGCAGAGGGGGAGAGGAAAGAGGGGGCAGGAGGCGAGAGGGAUGGAGAGAGAGGGGAGAUGUUGGAUGGAGCAGAGAGGAAGCAGGCGGUGCUGAACGUGGCGUUUCGGUACCUGGACACCUACAGAGAGCAGCUGCAGGAGGAGGGAGAGCGCAGCAACAGCUUCCCCAAGGAGCUGUACCUGUGUGCAGUUCAGGAGCUGAGUCGGUAUCCUGAGCUGGUGGAGGACGUCCUUAAACUGCAGAGAUGGACUGAGAUCUUGCACUGCCCGUCGGAUGAGGAGAAGGAGAGCAGGAAGAAGCAGGUUCGUCCUCUGUUCAGACACUUCAGACGCAUCGACGCCUGUCUGCAGCCCAGAGAGGCCUUCAGAGGCUCCGACGAGAUCUUCUGCAGGGUCUACACUCCAGAUCAUUCGUACGUCACCAUCAGGAGCCGUCUGUCCUGCCGGGUCGGGGAGAUUCUGGCUCUGGUCAGAGAGAAACUACAGUACAGUGAAGAUCAGCCAGUUCUACCUGGAAACCUCAUACUGGUAGCUGUGACAUCAGCUGGAGAGAAGGCAGUGUUUCGUCCCAGCGAUGAGGCCGUGUUCACCACACUGGGAGUCAACACUCACUUGUUCGCCUGUGAACCCUCCGAACUGGACUCACUUCUUCCUCUUCCUGAGGAGAUCCACUGGACGCCAGGCGACAGCAAACUCCACGACAUGUCAGCAGAGGAGGUGGCCAAUCAGCUGGUGGUGUUUGACUGGGAGCUGUUCAGCUGCGUGCAUGAGGUAGAGUUUGUGUGUUAUGUGUUUCAUGGAGAGCAGUCGCGCUGGCGUCCCCUCAACCUGGAGCUGGUGCUGCAGCGCUGCAGCGAGGUGCAACACUGGGUCGCCACAGAGAUCCUGCAGUGUCAGUCGCUGCCAAAGAGGAUCCAGCUGCUCCGCAAGUUUAUCAAGAUCGCAGCUCUCUGUAAGCAGCAGCAGGACCUGCUGUCGUUCCUCGCUGUGGUUCUGGGUCUGGACAACCCUGCUGUGAGCAGACUACGACUCACCUGGGAGGGUCUUCCAGGGAAGUUCAGGAAGCAGUUUCAGCAGUUUGAGAGCAUCGCGGACCCCUCCAGGAACCAUAAGUCCUACAGAGACCUGAUCACCAGCCUGAGACCUCCACUGAUCCCCUUCACACCUCUACUGCUCAAAGAUUUGACAUUUCUUCAUGAGAGCUGUAAGACGUUUCAUGGCGAUCUUGUCAACUUCGAGAAGAUGCAUAAAGUGGCAGAGAUGGUGAGGACCAUCAGACGAUACAGGAGCACUCAGCUAGCCAUGGAUACAGAGAUGUCCCCCUCCCACCUGCAGACGAAGGCCUAUGUCCGCCAGUUACAGGUGAUCGACAACCAGAACCUGCUGUUUGACAUGUCCUGCAAACUGGAGCCCAAAGACACAUAAAGAGAUGGACAGGGGGAAGAGAAGGUGACAAAAAAGAAACUGGGAUGGGGAGAAGAGGAGUAGGAGGAGGAGGAUGACAAUGUUCACAAUGUUCAAAAGUCUUGUGUUAAGAAACAAAAAAGCCAAGAACCAAAGGCAAGAUUUAAGUAGAAAGAGAGAGAAAGAAGUGAUGGAAGGAUUCUCAUGCUGGAACUGGAAACCAUCUCCUCCUCCUCCUCCUCCUUGUCCACCUCUUCACCUACUUGCAACAUAAAAACAAAAAAAAAGAUUUUUGAUCAACAAGGAGAAGAAAUUUCACUCACUCUACUACUUCUCCAUCCAUGUCUCUGACUGCUUGUUUAGGUUCUUUCUUUCCUUAUCUCAGCCUCCUCCUCCUCUUCCUUCCCCAUCCCUCCAUCAACAGCUGCCCAGUCAAAACACUGCCAGAAUCCCUGAAAACCACUAAUGCUAAACAGACACAUGGCCCAAAUCACAUAACAUGAAAUACGGAUGUCUUUUCUGUUCAUAAUUCAUUCAGAGUUUGUGGCUAAACCUCUAGAUUAUCUAGCAACAGAUCGUCCGCUGGAUUUUUCACUCCAAAAUCCAGCUAGUUAUCAGCAUGGAACACUGUUGAAACAUCUGUAAACAUCUGUGGGGAUUGUUCUGGAACCUUUGGCGAAGAAAGACUCAGCAGCAUUAACAUGGCAUUCAAGAAGCUCCUCAGUCUGUCAAUGGCAAAUCGUCUACUGUAAGUUUGAGAUACAUUGCUGCUUUGAAAUCUCUGCAAACAUCAGACACAGGAGAACAGUGAAGAAGAAGAAAUAAAACCAUGUUGUCGUCAUGUUGUUGGACAUCUAAGAACUUAAAGGGACCACCAGACUCCCUACUGUUUUUGUUCCCCCUCCUGAGGCAGUUGACCAAUCAGACUAGAGACAGUCUGGCAGCUGCCAAACCCUCCACAAAACAGCCUCCAUGAUGAAUGAGUACAGUGAAAAUUAUACAUUAUUGGCCUGAAUAUUUUAAGUGGGAAUUACAUCUAAGGAGCGAGUGUUGUAUUAUAUUCAAACACUAGACAAUUACAUAUACACUACAACAGAUUCUGUUCUUGAACAGGGACCAUCCCGCUGUAACAGCAGUGCUUACAGAGUAUUGCAUUGUGGGGUGUAGAGCUGCAGUGAUUAUUCAGUGUGCAUCACGCGAUGCUGCCGUGCCAAGUGUGGACACCGGGGCAAAAUCACCUCAUAGAUCAGCACCGUUUCUGGAGGACCGGAGAAAACAAGUCAAAGCGCCUCCUGAUGUCUUUACCACAGAAACAGACUGAAUCAUUUGUCAGACAGACAAAAAUGACCAAUGUGAGGAGCUCAAUAACAAAAGCAGCCAGUGGAAAAUCAGAGGAAACCACUGAGACCACUUCUACAGUUUGACGGAAUAAAAUGAGACUGAUGGACAAGCUGCACAGAUGCGGGGUUUAUGUUCUGCUUUAACACAAGUAUUGAAUUUUCCACUUGGGCCUUCUUGUUGGAUGAACACUGUAUCUGGCUACUUACUUUUUCAGCACUUUGAAAAUGUUGCAUAUCUUCAUAAAAUCAUUUUCUAAAAGUAGCUGAUGGAAAAGAGUGGUAAUAUUAUAGUCAUGGUCACUGUGCAGCAGUGAUUUUGUUCCCCAGGAUCUUGUUUUUGAAGAACAUGCGGACACAGGACACUGAAACUCUGCUGGAACAAAGUGACGUGAAACAACUCAUCAUGACACUAAACUCGUUUUCAAGCAGGUGGAACCAGUAAAAUGUAGAUACUACUACUUUGAAAAGUCUAAAGUGCGACUCAGAGUUUGCACCUGGGUGUCCAGCACGCAGAAAUCUGUCAUCUGGAUUUCAUAACUGAAUAUAUUUUUCCAUCAAAAUUCUGAACAAAGGAUCAUGUUGUGGCUCUGUCACCAUAAUGAACUCGCAGUCCUGGUUGACUGUGUCCACGGUUUACAUCAGUGUUAGCACUGUUAGGCUGACCUCUGAUUUGUGGUUUGUAUCAGCUGCCAUAUUUCACACAAUCAGGAACACAUUUCCUCCUGGAUUUAACCUAAAUAGUAUCUUUGACAGACUUUCAGACACUGUGGGAUGGUGCGUUAAUGGACUCUGAUCAGGAUAUUGGACUUUUUCUCUCUGGAUGAGACCGUGUAGAUGCUGGUUUUCUACUAAAUUUGGUCUUAAUCUCAGUUUGAAGACAUUAACAAGCUCUUCAGUCUUUUCUGCAUUUUGUUUCAGGACUUUAAUGAUGAAUGUCAUCAUUAAACAUCUCUCACAGUGUUUUAUGAUCCAAGAGGAAUGUUGGAAACUUCAUGUCACACUCAAUUUAAAGGACCACAUCACAGCUUUUUGCAUGUUUUACCCAGUUUAGUACAAAUCAUGCACGUGCUGCAUCAGCACUGGCUUCUCCAAAGCAGACCGCAGUGUCUAGAAUGUGGUUUAGUUCCUCUGUGACGGUUCAUUUCUCUAAUAUUCAACUUGCGUAGUGUGUAAAACUUGCACCCGGCCUGAUAUUAUAAUCAGGCCGGCUGAUAUUGCACCCGAUUAUGAUAUUAUAAUCACUCAUAUGCAUGAAAAUACAUAUGAGUGAUUAUGUUGAUCUCUGGCUUUUAUUUAUUAUAAACCACUUCGGUCUGUUUUGGGAAAUGGUCAGUGCUCCAUGAUGUGUGUGUGUGUGUGUGUGUGUGUGUGUGCGUGUGUGUAUGUGUGUGUGUGUGUGUGUGUGUGAGAGAGUUGGAGUAAAUUAGAUAAAACAUGCAGGAAACCAGAGAUAUGUACCUUUUAAGAAAGUGACCAGCUAGGUGAAUUAAUAAUUGCAUGACAACCUGUCAGACAUGUUUAUGGGAUGACAUCAUACCAGAAAUAAAAACACAAACAUACAUAAGAGUUAACAAGGAGACUACUAUUUCUCAGAAUUGGGAUAUAACUGAUCUCACACCUGAACAACCUAUUGGCUUCAAGGAAGGACCUGAUUGGCCCUCACAGAGCUGCCCUGCCAUUGGUUGGUUCAGUGGAUUGGCAGGUGGAGGCUCAAGGUGUUAACAGAGCAACAGGAAGUGAAGCGGGUUGAUCGGCAUCUCACAUCAAUGAAGCACUUUUGCCAAACCUCAGGGCUCGGAGACAGAGAGGUUUUGUUUACUCUUUAUUCUUGAUUUUCAGUAGAGUUCAGUUCAGUUGAGUCCAGUUGUGUUGCGAUCAAUUGCUUCUGUGUUUGUACAGCUGAUCACGUCACACUUUUCAUAUUUACUAUACAGUAAUAAUAGAAAUCUAUAAAGUUGUUGUUUUUAUGCUGUGAUCUCCACCAGGUCUGGGUCCAGUUUGUUUGCACUGAAACUUUUGGUUUGGUUUUUGAGUCACAGAUCAACAAGUCAGAGCUGUGUACACUGUAUAAAAAAAAAAAGACUCCAUCUUAAGUAAUUUUGUCUCAAGGGCCUCGUCACCACAGCAUUAUAACAGGCAAAGUUAAACCCAGUUUUGAUGAAUGCACACCUGGUACACACAGGUCUCUCACAAAGGUAAAUGGUGGAAGAUUUGAACUAUACACUGAUCACAUAUACGUGUGAGGGCAUGUAGCACACUGACCCCAAGCCACAACAUUUAUUUAAAAAAAUACCUUUUUAUUUUUAUCCAAGCCUAUGGUAAAAAAAAAUCUCCAUGCUGCAGAUUUGAUGAUGUAGACCCCAAGUGCGUUUAAACUGAAUUAGAGCAACUUGUUUUAUAGCUUAUGAAUUCAGUGUUUUAUUUGUUAGAGUAAGAAUAAUUUUUCCACAUUUAAAAUUCCAGAUUUUCUUUGAGACAUUAAGACUUAGCUCUAGAAAAAAUGAUUUAUGAUGGAAUUUUUUUCUUCCCUCAUUGCACUAAAGAGUUUCACUCCAAGAUGUUGUACAUACUGUACAAAAAUGAUUUGUUUAGCUCUUCUGCAGCGGUGUCUGACCGAGCCCCCCAGCCCUUCAGGAUUACUUCUCUCUGCAAUCUGCUCUCAGAGAAUAGACGUAAUAUUCUGAUGAUGAGAAAUGAUGUGAUUUAGUGGGAGAAUGUUUGUGAGGAAAAAAGGGGAAAGUUUAUGAUUUAUGAAGCAAGUUUAUGAAUUUUGUGAGAAAAUAUUUUGAGAGAAAGGGGGGACAUGUCAGAUAAAAAUCAUGAUAUGAGGAUUUCAGUCCAAAUUUUGAGGUAUAUUGAGAUGUUAAUUCUUUCUUCCAUAUUAAGAGACCCUUAAUUCAAAAAACCUCCCCUCAUUAUUCCCUCUUAUUUGAGAAUUUCCGGUAAGAUAACUGUUGAUAGUAUUUUUCACUAAGAUGGCCAGUCAAUAUUGUUGUUUAUGGUUGGACUGAAACUCUUCAGUGUAACAAGGUGGUUUGUGUGUAGGUAGUUUCUGAAAAAGUGUAAAUGGGUUUGUUUAGCUCUGGUGGCUGGGGAGAGUCAUUUUCCAUGUGUACCAUAACAUCCUGUCUGUAAACGUUCAGUCAGGCUGAUCCCAUCCAGAAAUAAGUCCAACUUUUCACACAAAGGACACUUCGACAUAUCCAUCAUAUCCAACUAAUAUCUUUGAAGUGUAGUAGGUUGAGGUUUCAGAUGCUCAACUUAAGAUUGGUUUAAAUAUUUAUAUUUUGUUUUACAACUUGGAUUUUAUUUUGGGACUUUAUGGAUGCAGUGAAACAAAAAAGACCGGAUUUUAAAUUAAAAAAAUAAGUAUUAAUUGGUUCGUUAAGUUCCUUUAGAUUAAGCUAGUCUGUCUUGCCUGUAACCACGCCCACUAGUGAUGACUUAGUGUACUGGCCACACCCUCAGUACACUCCUGCAGCGCUCCCACAAGGUGUAAACAUCAACCAAAAAUAUCACCUGGAGUUCAGUUUGGCUGCACUUCUGAAGUUCAUCCAUCCAUCUAUUAUUGAUACCAUUUAUCCUACAGAGAUCAGACGAGAGGCGGGGUACACCCUGGACAGGUCAACUUCUUCAGCCAUUAAAUAUUAAUGGAGCAGUCUAACAUUCUGAAUUAAAACCUUGGGACAGGAGCAAAACAGAAAUCCCCCAAUUUUCCUCAUAUCAUUCACAACAAUGUGUGUUAAUGGAGGUUGCUUAAUUCUGGAUGGGACACAACCUGCAAAAUUUCUCCACUUUACAAGACCAUAUGGAGUCUUUACAUUCUUUUUUUUUUCUCAAACCAGAUAAAUAUUCCCCAGAAGAGUUAGAACCAUCAAGGUCACAGGUUCAACUUAAGACUCUCAAAAACAUGAGCUCAAACUCCUUUGAACAUACUGUAACUUUGGCUUCAAACUUGCAAGAACUUGAGUUCAAGUUUGAACUUUCAUGGAGCUGGUAUUGGACUUUUAUUCUUAUAGAUCAACUGUAGUCGGAGUUUCCAGCAACACAGAUUCCAGCUUCCAAGUGCAUGAGCUUAAACCCCUAAUGAAAACUUGAACUUCCAAGUACGAGUUCAAACUCCUCUGAACACAAGUUCAAGUUUUGGCUUCCAGGAACAUGAGUUCAGGUUCAGACUUCUAAGAACACAAGUUUGAGUUUGACCUCUCAAAAAGACAAGGUCAAAGUCCCAAGUGCCCAUCACAUCUACUGCUUCAGAUUUCCUCCUAGCCUGAGAACAAAGUAAGUUUUCAGCACUCCAUAGUUGAUAUUAAAGGUCUUGUCAAGAUGUGAACUUUUGCAGUGAGUCAGCCUGGUACAAAGUCUAAAACCCAGUGAAGAUGACAUCAUCAAAGUCUGGCGGUGGCUCUCUCAGGACCACUUCCUGGGUGUUGGGUGUGUUAUUAUGGAGUCCACUGUAGUUCUGGGCAGAAACAAAAGACCUGAAUGCCAACCAUCUCUUUAGAGAUAUUUAGAGAUGGUUGGGAUGGUAAAGAAAACCAUUAUCAACAAUAAAUCUAAUCUAAACUAACUAAACCUUCUAGUUUUUGGCUCUGUCUUAGUUUCUGCCUGUAAUUCUACAGAGAUCCAUAAUUUUGGAAAGCAGGUGGCCUUGACCUGUGAGGCUGCCUGCUUUCUAUUGCCUCCUACUGUCGCCUGUAUGAAAACACUGAAAAAAUAACUAUCUGUGUAUAUUGCAACCCUGUAAAUAGGCAAAUACUAAUGGAGACUCUAUUUUAUGUACGAGCUGAGAGGAAGAGUGACACAAACUCAAGGAGAAAUAUUUGAUUUGGUGUUUCUUAUUUGCAAAAGUGAGAGAACAUGUACAGUAAUGCUAGAAAGAGAAAUAUUAUGAAUUUAUGACUAAGAAUUUUACAGUUAAAUAUCUUCUGUUGGACUGUUUUGUUUUCUAUAUAAAGCUUGGGUUUGUUUGUUUUUGUACAGAAGUGGUUGUUUACAUCGAUACAGGUCCUUAUUUCUGUGAAUGCCGGACAGAUGAUGCGAUUAGAGCAGAUGUUUGCUGGGGGCGGGUCCUGGGGUGUUGGAGUUGUAUUAGGGCUUAUUCCUGAAAAACACUGCAAAAAGAAAGAACUGGAAUUUAAUCGAGCCUGCUGUAAUGUACGACAGACUAUUAGAGCAGCUGGUAAAGGAAAAAUAAAAUCCCAGCAUUUUAAGGAGAAAGUAGAUGUUAUGGAACCAAAUCAUAAUUUUACUAUAGGAAAAGUAUCAUUUUACAAGUAAAAUCAUCAUCAAAGUGUAAAUUUGCAAGAAAAAUGUUGGGAAUCAUGUUGCAUUAAAGUUGUGAUUAUGUUGCAUUGUAUAACGAUGCAAUUACAAAAAAAACCCCUUAACCUGGUUAAAAUAUUUUUGUAUAAAAUUACAUUAUCUCAAAGGAUCUUUCAUUUACAACCUUUCUUGCAAAAAUGAAUUAAACCUAAUAACAUUAAUUAUUACAAUAUUCAUAAUAUAGUUACACUUUUAUUACUGCAGUCACAGCUUGAUAACAUAUUAUGAUUAGCACUUUUGUGUGUUUAGCGUCUGUAAAAACAAUCAAUUUUUACAAAUAUGAUAAAGUCUUCCUUCAGGGGAAGUUUGUAAUUGAUUAGGCGUUUAGUCAAAAUGACUGUAAGGACUGCGUUUGUCCCGUCUCCUGCAAACCUCUGCUCCUUUUGCCGUCACACUACAGACACUGAAAUAAAACCUUUGGACAACA